UUUUGGAAGAUUUACAUUCAGUUUUUGAAAAUAUUCACAAGAAUUUUCUUGCCUCAUUUGGGUGAUUUUUUAUAAAAUAAAACUUUUAGGGGAUUAUUGGAAUUUUCUUCCUGAAGAUUUUACAAAUUUUCAGAAAUUUGGGGAAUUUAUUUGCUGAUUUUUUGGAUUUCUUUUCAGACAAGGAAACAAUAUUUGUUGGUGCCUGUAAAGGAAGACCAAAAUCCAGCAAAUUUCACAGGAUUUUUUUUUUUGUGAAUGCUCUUAAAGAAACAUUUAGAUUUAUUAUUAAUUAUUAUUAUUAUUAUUUAUUUUUAUUAUUGUUAUUUAUUUAUUUAUUUUUACUUUAUUUCCACCAAAAAAUGUUCAAAAAUUCCCCCAAAAUGUUGGACAACACAAGGGUUAAAUAUAAAAAAAAAGCUGAUUAUGAGUAGAAUAUUUGUGACUUUGCUUCAGUUUUCUGUUGCCUUUCCUGAUUAAAACACUGCGUAAUGAAAUCGGUUCAUUCUUUUUGAACGACCCUGUAGUUUACUGGCUGUGAUGCUGCAAACAGAUGACAGAAAACGUGAAAAAAAAUGCACGUUUGUUGUGAUUAUGCUGCAUGAAUGUAGAUUAGAAAAGCCACGCCGUUAUUGUGAAGCUCAUUGUAUUCCUCUGCUCUCUGCCUCUAUGUGGUGUGAAGGAGAGGAAGAUAUUGUUGAUGCUGGAGAAGAUAAUGAAGGAGAGGACGCAAAGCCCAAGCAAAAGGCUGGAUUCGUGGCCGGUUUGGCAGCUCCAAAGAUCCCAGACGGUGAAAAAGUGGACUUUGAUGAUAUUCAGAGGAAACGAAUGGAAAAGGACCUCAUAGAGCUCAAGAGUCUGAUCGAAGCUCACUUUGAGAAGCGUAAGAAGGAGGAAGAAGAGCUUGUUCACCUCACAGUUCGCAUUGAGAAACGCAGGUCUGAGAGAGCAGAGCAGAUGAAGAUCAGAGCAGAGAGAGAAAGAGAACGGCAGAACAGACUAGCUGAAGAGAAAGCAAGAAAAGAAGAAGAAGAAGCCAAGAAGAAGGCAGAUGAUGAUGCAAGGAAGAAGAUGAUCCUGUCCAACCUGAGCUUCACUGGAUACAAGACACAGACCGGAGCGAAAAGACAAACAGAGAGAGAAAAGAAGAGGAAGAUCCUCAACGAUCGACGCAAGGAGCUGAACAUUGAUCACCUGAAAGAAGAAAAACUCAAGGAGAAAGCUAAGGAAAUGUGGGAAUGGAUGCGCCAGCUAGAGGCGGAGAAGUUUGACUUUCAGGAUAAGUUCACAAAGCAGAAGUACGAGAUCACCGUGCUGAGGAAUCGAGUCUCUGACCAUCAGAAAAUUACAAAGGGUACGAGGAGCAAGCGGGGCCUCAGGAAGUAACAUCUGCCACCGACUGGAGGAAAACUGGCACGAUCCGGCCUCCAUGAGUUACUGAGAGUAAUCUGAAGUGCAUAAUAAUGCUUUCUAACUACUUGAAUACGCAAGAACAAAACGGCAUGCUCUUAAAAUGUCACCUGUGUGGACGUCUAACAGGUCGUGAUAUCUGGCAGAUCGACUGAUACUUAAUCUUGUGUAACCUUUUCAUUUCAACCUAAAUUCAUGUCCUGACUUUUGGAAGAGUCAAAGUUAAGAUUAAGAGGUUCUUGUGUGUUGGAUUUUGUGAUUUUAAAGGAUAAAAAAUGACUUUCAAAUAAA